AUGCCGGCAGACGAGACGACACCGCUACUCCCGGGCGGCUCCGGAGCGGCACAAUCACCUCGUCCUCCCGCUGCAACUGCAACUGCAACUGCAACUGCAUCUGAAAAUGGCAGCGCCAAGCUGUCAGACCAACAGCUCCAGAUUCCCUCGAGCUCAUGGCUCGACACCAUCUUCCACGUUGAGAAUCGCAUCCUCCUCGCCGGCUUCUUGAUCUCCCUGUCAUUUAGCUUUACCCAAGUACCCCUCGUUAUCAACAUCAUUGCUGGCGAGGUUGUAACCCCAGUCCGUCGUACUGCCGUUUUUGGCAUGUUGCAAGGAUGCUUCAUGUUUGGUCAGUCUCUAGGCAACUUCACCGGCGGCUUUUUGGGAGAUACCUUUGGCAUUCGCGCGCCGUUUGAUGUUGCCUGUGGCUUCUUCCUUCUAUCAUGCGUCUACGUGCUCGUGUCUCUGCCCUACAUCCCGCCGCCCGUGAGCACCAGCAAGUCGAGCAAGCGCUCCUCUGGCUUCCUUGCGCCAUUGCGCAUCUUGGUACCGCAGAACCUGCGACUCGCCAGCGGGAAGAUGACAAAACAUUAUGGAGUUAUUUUCCUCUGUGCCGGUAUUUUCUUGGGAGUGCUGGCUACCGAUUACGCCCCUCUGUUGAUCCAGAUGUAUGCCACGGCUGCCUUCAAUUUUAAUCAGGCAAGCAACGGCCUGCUCAUGUCCGAGUUUGCCCUCAUGAGGGGCAUGUUCCUUUUAUUCAUCUUCCCCCGCAUUAUCAUGCUGGGAAGACGAUUACUAGCUUCGAAGCGCACAUGCAACAAGCCGCGGGCUGCGAGCGAAGAGGGAUACGGCACAGACGGAACACUGACGCCGGAUUCAUUGCCGACGGACCCGAGAGAAUUUGACUCGAGCAUGGGAACGAUUCCGAGCGACGAACCUGUAAAGCCGGCGCGAUCAAAGGAGGAUGAAGACCUGGACCCUCAGUUUGACCUGACCUUUUUGCGCUGGAGUCUCAUUGUUGAUGGCGGCUUUACAACAGUGGCAGCGUUCGCCACAAAACCCUGGCACAUAUAUCUCGCUGCAUUUUUGCUCCCAUUUGGAUCGGGAUCUGCACCGGCCGCCAAGGGAGUCAUCACCUCCAUGUGCCCUGACUCCCAGCGGGCGGAUGCUCUAAAUGCCGUCACCUUGGUCGAGAACAUUGCACGCCUGUCCACGCAGGGCCUGUUUGGAUUCGUGUUUGCGGCGCUCGCCAACGUUGGAAAGGCAUAUGCGACAUUCUUUUGUAAUGCGGCAAUUGCAGUCGUAGCCAUGAGCGUAUUACUGCUUUCUCACUUCCCACCUGAGGGCAGCAUUAUUGUCGACUCUAUAUGUGAGGGAGAUGAGCAAGCUGAAGAGGAAUAA